CUGGCAACGUUGUGCGGGGCGGUCUCCUACUCUCCGACUUGUGUGGAAUGGCCACUGGGAAUGGCGCACUUACGUCUGGGUCGCCUGCAAAUAAGUGACAGUUCCGACGGCGAUCGCGACAUUCUGGUCGGCAGCGACCUAUGUGCGUCGUAUGACAGCACUGAAGUCGCCGAGGCAGGACACUCCUGGUCAACUGCACUGCAUGGCGUGGAUGUGCCCUACGACCUGUCCAACUCGGAGGAGCUCACCCGCUCCCACAAUACGGAGCUGAACAGCCCUUGCGGGGAAAUUCCACCAGACCGUCUGGCCAAGUGCUGGCAACUCAACUACCAUGAAGCCGCCAUAUUCCUGGAGGAGGGCCAGAACAACGACAAGCUGGACUUCCACCCGUGCAGCCACGCGGCCCUUCCGGCCUAUUUGGUGGUGCAUAACCGGCUCUUCUACUGCCUCGACCUUCUCUCGGCCGUGGUACUCAUGAGUCUGGCCCUCAUGGAGGAGCCCGCCCUGCCAGGCCUGGACGUGCCCAUCGCGUUUCACGUCGCCGUGGAGUUGCUGGCUCUGUGCGUCGUGGCCGCGGAACUCGUCAUGAAGCUUCGCUGGCUCGGGCUUCGUCCCUUCUUUGCGCACAAGCGAACUGUUUUUAAGUUGACCAUCCUGCUGCUCAUGUUUGUGGAGGCCCUGGUGGUGGCUGCACGCCAGACCAACCACUUCAGAGUCCUGCGUGCCCUCAGGCCCAUCUUCCUCAUCGACAACCACUACCUGGGCGGCGUGCGCAGACUGACGCGGCAGAUUCUGCAGUCGCUGCCCCCAGUCUUCGACAUGCUCGUCAUCCUCUUCUUCUUCAUGACAAUGUUUGCCAUUCUAGCUUACCACAUGUUUGCUGCUGCACCUGAGCAAUACUUCAGCACACUGUACGACAGUUUCAUGAAUCUCUUCGUGCUCCUGACCACAUCCAAUUUUCCCGACGUGAUGAUCCCGUACUACGCACGCUCCAAGUGGGCCUCACUUUUCUUUGUGGUCUUCCUCCUGGUUCACCUCUACUUCCUCAUGAACCUGGUGCUGGCGGUGGUGUACGAGCGCUUCUCGUCGCUGGAAAAGGACAAGUUCCGCAAGCUGCUGCUGCACCGCAGGAAAGCGUGCCAGCAGGCCUUUCGGCUCCUGGUGAACCGCACCUCCCCGUCCUGCCUGUAUUUCUGCCACUUUGAAGGCCUCAUGCGCUACUAUAAGCCACGUGCCAAGCGGAGAGAGGUGUACCUCAUGUUCAAGACCAUGGACGUGUCCAGAAAUGGGUUUCUGUCCCAGGAGGACUUCCUUCAGGUGUAUGAAGCCAGCACCCUGUCCUGGGAGAGGAAAUGGUCUGAUUCACCCUGGUUCAGUGAACUCAAGAGACCCUGUGAGAAGAAGUUAUUUCAAGGUGCCUACAGGUUAAUAACGUGGAAAUGGAGCAACGUCAUAAUUUACAUGGUCAUUGCUGCGAGCUUCAUGUGGCACAUCGUAGAGAUCACAGAACUCACACAUGGAGGCAUGUCGUUCCUUGGAAAUGGCAAGACUGGCUUCUCCGCAUGGCUGCUGAUCGGGCUCUUAGCAUUUUACGUCACGGAGAUGCUCUUGAAGAUAGCGGCAUUUGGAGUUUCUGAAUAUUUUCAUAAAGGAUGGAACAAGUUUGACUUUGUCAUCAUCUUGGCUGCCAUUGUCCUGGGGUCUGUUGGAGCUUUCCUGGACGCCAACCUUUUGCGCAUUCUAGUCUUCCGUUCCUUGAGGCUGCUCAAGCUGUUCCAGCUGAAGAAGAGCUACCACGACGUCCUGGGCACGGUGUUCAUCCUCAUGCCGCGGUUCCUCAGUGUGGGGCUGGUCCUCAUCGUCGUCUACUACUUCUUCGCCAUCAUCGGCAUCGAGGUGUUCUCAGGUUACCAGAUGGAGGACUGCUGCAAGAACACAACGGUGGAGGUCUACUUCGCAACAAAUACCUCAUCAGGCCCUGGAUAUUUCUACCUCAUGAACUUCCAGAACGUUGCUUACAGUUACGUGACGCUGUUUGCCUUGAUGGCAGUCAACAACUGGUUCAUUAUCAUGGACGGGUACGCCGCCGUGACAUCCGAAUUCAGUCGCCUAUUUUUCAUGUCCUUUUAUCUGAUCACCAUGGUUGUCCUCCAAAUCGUGGUGGCCUUUGUUUUGGAAGCAUUCAUAUUCCGGAUACAGUACAAAAUGAAGAUCGGAAGGGAUAGCAAAGAGGACAACCUGGUGAGAGUGGAGACGCGCAUGUCCAAGGCCGAGAUUGCACUGUGCAGCGACCCUACACCGCACCCUCCAGCUCCGGAGCCCCUCAACUAUGCGACGGAUGCCGCGGCGGACACGCUCGUCUUCCGUGGCGUGCGCUGGAGGACCAAGUUCUCCUUCUGCCUCAAGAUGUAUGCGGAGGAGGUCAAGGAGUGGCUGGAUCACGCAGAGCUGGAGGAAAGGCGCUCCAACGAGUGGCUCAUCCUCAAUGUGCAGAACCGCGAGGGAGACAGCACGGCGCUUGAAGCAGGCCACGAAAGCAGACGGACGUUCACCCUAUGACCACCGGACAGGGACUUCGUCGUCCCCGGAGUUGCACCGUUGUCGUCACACAUUUGUACAUGCAAGCGGAGCGUAUUGAAAAGCGUUUUAUGCUAAGGAAGAUAUGCGCUGUGAUACAGCAUCUUUGAAAAGUGCAAUCCUUGUGUCAACCAUGCAACGGCGUAGCAUGAAGAAGCGCUUUCCUUUCAAGGCGGGCGCAUAGAAGUGAAGAGCAUUUACGAAAGUUGUCAGUUUUUUUUUUUUUUUAGCAUGGCCACAAAACUUUUAUGGAGACUUCUCGCAUUUUGUGCGACGAUAAGUGGUGUAAGCGCGGACGUAGCUGUUGUUUUUCAAUGUAUACCAUGCUUACAUUAAUUUGAUGUGAAACGAUGCCAUUGUUGUAGUUUUAGUAGUCUACUUAGAUUUUUAGCUGGUGUUGAGAUUAUUUACACUACGAUGAAAAAUGGUGAUUCUGCCAGCAAAUCAAAGUUUUUACAAGGACUGCAGUUCCUACGAAACAAAGUGCCUUUUUUGUGCUAGCGGGCACACUGCAAGUGUUCCUCCGUGCAAAUCUUUACAUUAUGUACGACUUAAUUUUUGUGAAUUUUCAAUGCCGAUAAAUUUGUGGGAAUGUGGUUUUACAAGAGUGACCGUGUUGUUUCCAACAUCCAGGAUCUUUUAUAGGUUUCAUGGAGUUUACAAGAUGUAGAACUUUUAAAAUCAAAGCCACUAUUUAUAGGCCCCUGCAGAACAGAGUAAUAACAGUACAUACUUAAAGAUUGGCCAAGAUUAGUGUUGGUAAACUUUUUCCUCAGCCGUUCCAACAGUCUUAAAAACUUUGAUCCCCUUUUUAUCCUGUCGUGCAACAAAAUAGAAUUGGACACCUUAACAUGCUCCACGAAAAGGGGCAGCGCUCAAGUUCAUUAUUAUGCAAGAAGAGUAAGAAUUUUACGUCAUGCAAUGUCAAUUCUUUUUUUUACACGGAGCAAUAUCAAAAAGAGUGGACUGCAACAUUCAUCAUGUAUGCAAUCUUGUAGCGUGCUUUUCGAAGUAAGGCUGUCAUUCUCUGGAUCUUUUCUAAUGUUGAAGCAUAUACACUUUUUAAUAUCUGUUGACGCCAUAUUCAACUGCUUUUGCACAAUACAGUAUGUACUUUCUUUACCGAAAA